AUGACCGAAUACACCAAGAUGAAGAACGCCGAGCUCGAGGCGCUGCUUAAGGAGCGCAACCUCCCUCACACUGGCAAGAAGGCAGAUCUCGUCAAGCGGCUCCAAGAACACGAUGCGGAAACCGCCAAUGGCUCUGCACCUAGCAAGGAAGACGAGAUCGACUGGGACGACGAACCCACAGCAGCAGCACCCAAGGCAAGCACAGAUGCCGCCGCCAGCGCAAUUGCAGCCGGUGGUCAAGGACAACCUGCCAACCCGCAAGCCGUGCCCAACCAGCAGACCGACAUCGACCCUUCGCAGACAGACGACCUCACAGUGAUUAAACCCGCCGACGACGCGUCAACAGCCCAACCCGCAGACACUAGCGCACCUUCAGAAGCUCAACCAGCAGAACCCGCGAAGCCCGCCGUCGACUUCACCUCUGGACUCGCCAAAACAACUCUAGACCAAGAAAUCGAGAAGCGCAAGGCGCGCGCAAAGAAGUUCGGCUUGAACGAGGAUGAGGACGAGGCAUUGAAGGCUCUGGAGCGCGCAAAGCGCUUCGGCAACACCGAGAUGCCUGGCAAGCUCAACGAAGCUCUUCCCGAGCGUCGCGAGCGCAAGAGAGGUGCUCCUGCUGAUGGAGAGCAGCAAGGUGCUAGCAAGAAACGCGAGAACAACGACAACAAGCGCGGUGGUCGCAGAGAUGGUAGAAGGGGAGGAGGCGCACAGAACCAAGCAAAGGCAUCCGCUCCAGCUGCAGCUGCGCCUGCAAAGAAGGAGAAGCCGCAAAUGAGCGAGGCAGACCGGGCAAAGGCUGAGGCUCGCAAGGCAAGAUUCGCAGCACCAUCAUCAUCAUCAUAG